ACAUUAUAAUAAAGAUUAAAGAUUUCCCCAAUUUUUUUUAGAUGGAGAUGAUUUAGCAUCACUUGUUUCGAAGAUCAAUUGAUAAAGAUUCUUGAAACACACGAUUUUUCUUUUUUAUUUUCCCCUUUUCCUAUUCUUUUAUGGUUUGAUUUUUAUCGGGGUUGAAUUAUUAAAAAGGCAGUCGCAUUAGGGUUACCUAUUUUUUCUUCCCUCUGUAUGCGAUAGGAGAUUUGUUUUGGUUUGAAAGCGGCGAUCUUUGUUGAUUUCUCCAUCUGGGUCGUUAAUUUAUCUGCAGAUCAGGCCUCGAUUUUUCUGUGUUAAUUGUGUGGAAAUAAGUUGUGAAUUUUGGUGCUAGUUCAAGUGAAGUUCGUUCAUCAUGCUGCUGCAAUGAUGCUUGAAUGUGGUUUUUAAAGUGGAUGAUAAGUGGAUUUUGUGAGAGAUAAGUAAAUUUGGAUAAGUUUCCUGCCCUUCUCGAGUAAAAACCAGUGAUUUGGAUAUGUUCCACACCCAAGGAGCUCUGAAACACACUUGCAAUCUUCUCGCGGUCUUGUGUUCGGAACCAGCAGAGAGCAAGCGGAAUCAAGAUGUUUCGGAGGAGAAGAGGAGGUUCCCCUUCCCUGAAAUUGCAUCUUCAGGACGUUUAGAGGUCCAAACGCUGAAGAAUCCGACACCAGAUGAGUUCCGCAAAUCUCUUGAUUCGUUGCAGCCGAAUCUUGUUUACUUGCAAGGGAAACAGUUGGAAAAUGAGGAAGUUGGGUCAUUCUCUUUGGGAGGGGUAGAGCUGUCCUCUCCCGAGGCUGUUUCCGGACUUUUUAGCUCCACAAUUCCGACUACUGUUUAUUUGGAGGUUCCAGAUGGUGAAAAGUUGGCCAAGUCUCUUCAUUCGAAGGGUAUUCCUUACGUAAUAUACUGGAAGAACUCAUUUUCAUGCUAUGCGGCUAGCCAUUUUCGUAAUGCUCUAUUAUCUGUAAUACAAAGCUCAUCGUGUCAUACAUGGGAUGCUUUCCAACUAGCCGAUGCCUCAUUUCGGCUUUACUGUCUUCGAAAUAAUUGUGUCCUCCCUGACGGCGAGAAAGUCGAUGAUGAGGUGGGCCCUAAUCUUUUUGGGGAACCUCCUAGGAUCACUGUCGACGUUCCCGAGAUUGAGGAUGCUGGGGAAGAUGAAGAAAGCACGUCUGGCUCCCUUCCUGCAAUAAAGAUAUACGACGAUGAUGUGAACAUGAGAUUCCUCAUCUGUGGAGUGGCUAGUUCCUUGGAUUCUCGUUUGUUGAGUCCGUUGGAGGAUGGUUUGAAUGCCCUCCUCAGUAUCGAAAUGCGAGGGAGCAAACUUCACAAUCGGGUUAGUGCUCUACCUCCACCCCUCCAAGCUGGCACGUUUUCUCGGGGUGUAGUGACAAUGCGAUGUGAUUUAUCAACCAGUAGUUCAGCCCACAUUUCUCUUUUGGUAUCGGGAAGUGCUCAAACAUGCUUUGAUGAUCAGCUGUUGGAGAAUCAUAUAAAGAGUGAAAUCAUUGACAAAAGCGAGCUGGUCCACGCACCGCCAAAUUCUGAUGAAAACAAGCCGCCCACAUCCGAACCUCGAAGGUCUGUCUCAGUAGCGUGUGGAGCAGCAGUAUUCGAAGUCUGUAUGAAGGUCCCGAGUUGGGCUUCACAGGUUUUGAGGCAACUAGCACCUGAUAUUUCGUACCGUAAUUUUGUGGCCCUCGGAAUCGCCAGCAUCCAGGGAUUGGCUGUAGCUUCAUUCGAGAAAGAAGAUGCAGAACGUCUGCUGUUUUUCUGUUCAAUGCAGGGGAAGAAUGGAUUCUCGAAUAAUCUAAAAAUCAGCAGCCCUCCAUCCUGGUUAAGGCCACCUCCUCCUAGUCGAAAGAGGCCUUCAAUUUGCCAGGAAAUUACCACCAGCGGUUUAAACGGUUUAGCUGCAGGAAGCCGGACCUACAUUAAAAAAGAAGAGAACGAACUUAUGCCAUCGAACGGAGUCAGUUUGCCAAGUAUGACCCAUAGACGAAGAAUCAAGAUAGCUGCCUUAAGACCCAUCCCUCACGUUCGUCACCAAAAGAUGCUUCCGUUUUCUAGAAUUUCGGUGGCAGAUGGGCACGAUGGAGGCCCUGUGAAGGCUAACUUGCCUCCUCCUCCGGCAAAACAUAAUGCUGGGAUAACUCCACCCUCCCAUCGGAAAUCAAGUUCGGCUUCAUUAGCUAAGCAGGUCAUAUCCUUAAAUCCUCUCCCUCUAAAGAAGCAUGGUUGUGGGAGAAGCCCGUUGCACGUGUGCUCCGAGGAGGAAUUUCUCAAGGAUGUGAUGCAAUUCCUCAUCCUUCGAGGGCAUAAUCGUCUCAUCCCUCAAGGGGGCCUUGCCGAGUUCCCAGAUGCCAUACUAAAUGCAAAGCGUCUCGAUCUAUUUAACCUCUACCGGGAAGUUGUCACACGAGGGGGUUUUCACGUCGGAAACGGCAUUAACUGGAAAGGACAGGUUUUUUCAAAGAUGCGCAAUCACACGGUUACCAACAGAAUGACCGGCGUGGGAAAUACGCUCAAAAGGCACUAUGAAACUUACCUUCUAGAAUACGAAUUGGCUCACGAUGAUGUCGAUGGCGAGUGCUGCUUAUUAUGCCGCAGUAGCGCGCCCGGAGACUGGGUCAACUGCGGUUUGUGCGGGGAGUGGGCCCAUUUUGGCUGCGACCGACGGCCCGGUUUGGGGGCCUUCAAAGAUUAUGCCAAGACAGAUGGGCUGGAAUACAUAUGCCCACAAUGCAGUGUUACUAGUUACAAGAAAAAGAUGAAAUCAGGAAAUGGAUAUUCUUGAGUUUUUCAUAAUUCUUUAUGGCCCCUCAUAUUUUGGGUUAUUACAUUUUGACGCUAUUUAGUGUGGAGGAAAGGUAUUCUUUUUCCCCUCAUUUUACGGAGGAGGCGAGAGGCGAAAUAUUGAAUACAUAUGGGGAGGAAAAUGUAAUUUGUGGAAGAAUUGUAGGUGGUAGGAAAUGUCCCAAAAGAGGGAUUUGUUGGGGCUAAUUGGAUAUAAUAGCCAAAUUAGUUGCUUAAUGUGUAAUUAUAUGGUAUCUGAGGCAAGACAUUUUGUAGCUCUUGUAGUUUUUAUGAAAAAUGUCACUUGAUAGA